GCCAAUAUUAAUCGGAAGAAUGAUAUAUAUUUUAUUUGACCCAAUGAAAUAAAAUUUAAUUAAAACAGUCCGGAAAAUACAACUUUCGGGGUCGAAUGUACACUUCGGGGCACAAAGGGAUGACCUCCCACAUGAGUGGGGGCCACCCCACGAAAUUAUCCACCAAAUAUUUGAAUUUGGAGCUGCAAACACAUGUGAGGAGGCUUGAUGUGGGUGAAGGGAUGGAUGGGACACAAUUGAUAGGUGGAGGGACCCUCCUCCACAUUAUUUUGAGGUGUGGAAUCAUCCUCCCACACACCCACCUCAUCAUAAUUUCGGCCAGCACACUAAGGAAAGAGAUGAGAGCCUCUACAAUUCAUCAUCUUCCAUUGUUGAAGCAAGCUCAAACCAAGGAAGGUCCAAGGAAGAAGAAAGAGUGAGAAAGAAGAGAAAAACCUUGAUUAAUUAAGGUAAGGGAAAACUGUCAAAUAGACCCCUGUAGUAUACUGAAAAAGUCAAUUAAGUCCUUCUACUUUAAAAUCAAUCAAUUGGGUCCUCCAACUUUUAAUAACAUUCAAUUCAGCAAUUCAGCCUGUAAACAAUCGGUUUCCCGGUCAAUCCCAUAAGUGCAUAGUCCCUUUGAAACAAUGCUUGACUUUCCAGUUUCACUACCGAAAUGUUGAGAUUUCAUCAGCUCACAUGUCCUUCGUUGCCCCCCACCACCACCACUGUAGGCAUGAGUGUCGUUGAAGCUAAUUUGGAUGGUGUAGAGGUUGGGGAAACAGCAGGACAACAUUCACAGCCCAACAAUUAGAAAUGUAUGCAUAGCUCGUUUUUUCACCGGAGUACAUCACCGUCAACGGACACCGGCUGUCUUCCCCGUUCGCAGUACAACAACGACCCUCAUUCAGUCGUAAGAAGAGUAUUCAUAUGCAUCAUAACAACAAUAAAAAUGUUAAUGAAACUCAUACUUUGUAUAUAACAGUGUGCAUAGUAAACGAUAUAUAGAAAAAGAGAAAUCAAUGGACGAGGUAGAAGAAUGGAUGCAGGAUGCGAAAUCUGUCAGCUUUAAGGGAUGAAGAUUUUAUAGAGUGGAAAAGAAUUUCUUACCUUAAUCGUGACACUCUUACAUUCAAUUUCAAAAUCGAUUUGAGAGACAUGGAUAUGGUCUUCUCAAUUUUAGCGAAGUGGGCUUCCCAAUUUCAGAUUGAUUCCACAUGUCAUCUGAAAAUACUCCGAUCUUCUAGCCUUCAUCAACGCCUAAGGUCCACCACGGAAGAAGAGAGAAUCAACAUCUUCAUCAAUGAUUUCCGAAAUGCCUUUGAAAGAAAAAGAAAGGAAAGAAGGAAAAACGAAGAAGAAGAGUGAAGAAACGAAGAAGAAUUGAAAAGGGAUAAAUAGUGGAGAUCAGAGGGAGGAGCGAAUUCGCCGGAAUUUGGAUUUUUAUGGCAGUCGGGCUUGGAGCAAUGACGACGAACAGAGCUGCACAUCCAACUGACAUGGUCACUAUGAAGAUGAACGGAGAAGCAGAGCGUAGGGAAGAAAGUUCAAGAAACAAUGAAACAAAAUGAUAAAUAAAAAACGAAAAAAAAGAGUAACCAUUUGUACUACCACGUGUGUAUGUGACCGGCUAACCUGAUGUUUACCUGAUAAAAAGCCCAUUUGAUCUUUUUUUAAAAGUUUGAGGACCCAAUUGAUUGAUUUGAAAGUAGAAGGACUUAAUUGACUUUUUCAAUAUAGUACGAGGUCUUAUUUGACAGUUUUCCCUUAAAGGUAAUGAUCUCAUUAACAUUUCAUCCUUCAUUUAAUCUCAUAAGAUUUUAUAAUCAUAUGAUAAACUCAUAAACUUGUUCUACACUCCUAAGAGGUGUAGAAUGAGGGCUUCAAAGGAUAGUUUUAACCAUGAACAGAGUUAUGACCGCAGUAAGACCGGUUCGCCGGAAAACAACUUUUUAGAGGUUAUUUGUGUUGAUAUAGAUUUUGUGAUGUUAAAACCUUGUUAGGAACUUGUCGAAGGUGUUCCUAUAGAUUCCACGGAGUUGGAAGAGUCGCCGGAGUUAUCGCCGGAGUUCAACAAAGUUCGCCGGAGUUUCGCCGGAGUUCAACCGAGAAGAGUAGAACGUAUUAAAGCUCAUUCGAGGUUGAAGCUAGAGCUUACUUCCUGCACCCGUUGCUCGGGAGAUCGAUGGAGAGAAGAUGUGGUUCAUGUUUCCUCUCGUUCUAUUUCUAAAUAAUUAAAUAAUGCUCAUGGAACUAUUUUGACUUAUAAAUUAAUGGAGCCUGCGAGCUCUUGUUUUACCCUUGUGUGGGUUCUUAUUAAACACUUAUAUUCCGCUAUGUGUUUAAUUGUAUGUUGAUGUUGUUAUGCAUGUUUACUAAUCGGUUUUUGGCAUAUGUAUCUAUCGGACGUCUUGUGCAAUUCGGUAAGGAUGAAC